CCCACAAUGCAACUGGUCAUGUUAAUGAAAGAUGGCGGAGGGAGGAGCGGCUGAUCUGGAUACACAGCGAGGAGAGGUCGCGGCACUAUUGAAAACGCCGCUGAGGAAGGGAGACACUUGGUACUUGGUCGACAGCCGCUGGUUCAAACAGUGGAAGAAAUAUGUGGGCUUCGACAGCUGGGAUAAGUACCAGAUGGGGGAGCAGAAUGUCUACCCUGGCCCGGUGGACAACUCUGGUCUCCUCAAAGACGGAGACGUGUUGGCCCUCAAGGAGCACCUCAUCGAUGAGCUGGACUACAUCCUGGUCCCCACGGAGGGCUGGAAUAAGCUGGUCAGCUGGUAUGGACUCAUGGACAGCCAGGAGCCAAUAGCGCGCAAGGUGGUGGAGCAGGGCAUGUUCGUGAAGCACUGCAAGGUGGAGGUGUACCUGACGGAGCUGAAGCUGUGCGAGGACGGCGACAUGGACACCGUGGUGACCCGGAGGUUCAGCAAGGCCGACACCAUAGACACCAUCGAGAAGGAGAUGAGGAAGCUGUUCAGCAUCCCCGACGAGAAGGAGACCCGGCUGUGGAACAAGUACAUGAGCAACACCUUCGAGCCGCUCACCAAGCCCGACAGCACCAUACAGGACGCCGGGCUCUACCAGGGACAGACGACAGCUAGCCAGGAAGCCGAUGUCCGUAACCUUCAACACACGGUUCUCGUAAUAGAGCAAAAAAACGAGGACGGGACCUGGCCCCGGGGCUCUUCGGCGUCCAAGUCCUCCGCCGCCUCCAAUCUCUCGACCUUACCAAAGAUCUGCCCCUCGACCCUCUCAAACAGUUAUAGCGGCUUCAACAGCAGGAACGUGAAAAACUCUAACUACUGCCUCCCGGCCUACCCUCCCUAUAGCAGCUACGAGUACCCCGAGCAGAGCAGCUACCGCGAGAGGCCCGGCCUGUGCGGCCUCUGCAACCUGGGCAACACCUGCUUCAUGAACUCUGCAGCUCAGUGCUUGAGCAACAUCCCCCCGCUCACCGAGUUCUUCCUGAGGGACAAGUACCAGGACGAGCUGAACAUGGACAACCCGCUGGGCAUGCGCGGGGAGAUCGCCAAGGCCUACGCCGAGCUCGCCAAGCAGGUGUGGUCGGGGAAGUACAGCUACGUCACCCCCAGGCCUUUCAAGACGCAGGUGGGCCGCUUCGCACCUCAGUUCUCAGGGUACCAACAGCAGGACUCCCACGAGCUGCUGGCGUUCCUCCUGGACGGCCUGCACGAGGACCUCAACCGGAUCAGGAAGAAGCCCUACAUCCAGCUCAAGGACGCCGAGGGCCGGCCCGACAAGGUCGUCGCCGAGGAAGCUUGGGAGAACCACAUAAAGAGGAACGACUCCAUCAUCGUGGACAUCUUCCAUGGCCUGUUCAAGUCCACGCUGGUGUGCCCUGUCUGCGCCAAGGUCUCCGUGACCUUUGACCCCUUCUGCUACCUGACCCUCCCCCUGCCCAUGAAGAAGGAGCGAACGCUGGAGGUGUACCUGGUGCGGCUGGACCCCCGGGCCAAACCCACGCAGUACAAACUGACAGUGCCCAAGGUGGGCUACAUCGCCGACCUCUGCACCUCCCUCUCCACUCUCUCCGGGGUACCCGCCGACAAGAUGAUCGUGACGGACAUAUACAACCACCGGUUCCACCGGAUAUUCGCCACCAACGAGAACCUCAGCAGCAUCAUGGAGAGGGACGACAUUUACGUGUUCGAGGUGGCGGUGAGCCGGACGGAGGACGUGGACCACGUGGUGAUCCCGGUGCACCUGCGGGAGAAGCACAAGCAGUCGGGCUACCACGCCAGCGCGCUGCUCUUCGGCCUGCCCUUCCUCAUCACCGUCCCCCGGAGCCUCAGCGAGGAGAAGUUCUACAACCUGCUGCUGCUGCGCAUGUGCCGGUUCCUGUGCUCCAGCGCUGAGGAGGAGGAGGAGGAAGAGGAGGAGGAGGAGUCGGAGGAGACGCCCAUCCCGAAAGAGCACGGCAUCAACGGCAACGUAGCCAACGGCGUCCUGGAGGAGGGGUCUCCCAGCGAGAUGGAGACAGACGAGCCGGACGAGGAGUCCAGCCAGGACCAGGAGCUGCCGUCCGAGAACGACAACAGCCAGUCGGAGGAGUCGGUGGGCGGGGACAACGAGCUGGAGAACGGCGUGGGCCCCGAGCGGACCGCCAAGGGCCCGCCGCCGGCGGGGCAGAGGAGGCGCCUCUUCGCCUUCCAGUUCAUCAACAUGGGCAAGCCGGACUUCGCCUACGCCAAGGACGAGCCCCGCCACAUCCGCUUCGACGAGGGCCACCUGCGGCUGAGCGACCGGUCCUAUCUCUCUCUGGACUGGGAGCCCGAGAUGAAGAAGAAGUACUUCAACGAAAGCGCGGCGGAGGAUUUUGAGAAGCAUGAAAGCAUGGAGUAUAAGCCUCAGAAGAAGGCCUUCUUCAAGCUAAAAGACUGCAUCCAGCUCUUCACCACCAAGGAGAAGCUGGGGGCCGAGGACCCAUGGUACUGUCCCAACUGCAAGCAGCACCAGCAGGCCACCAAGAAGCUGGACCUGUGGUCCCUGCCUCCAGUGCUGGUGGUGCACCUCAAACGCUUCUCCUACAGCCGCUACAUGAGGGACAAACUGGACUCCCUGGUGGACUUCCCCCUCAGCGAUCUGGACAUGUCGGAGUUCCUGAUCAACCCCAACGCGGGGCCCUGCACGUACGACCUGAUCGCCGUGUCCAACCACUACGGCGGGAUGGGGGGCGGGCACUAUACGGCGUUCGCCAAGAACAAGGAGGACGACAAGUGGUACUACUUCGACGACAGCAGCGUGUCGCCCGCGAGCCAAGACCAGAUCGUGUCCAAAGCGGCCUACGUGCUGUUCUACCAGCGGCGGGACACCCUGAGCGGGACGGGGUACUUCGCCCUGGACCGGGAGACCCUGGAGGCCGCCUCGGGACGGGGGGACGGCGGCCAGAGCGACGAGGACCUCAACGACAACGAGAACGAGAACGAAAACGAGAACGAGAACGACGCGGAGGAGCAGGACCCCAAUCACGACAUCACCAUGAACACCAACUGAAGUGGGGGGGGAGUGGGGCACCCCACGAUAAAUGCUCGGGGCGGGGCGGG